UCUUUCCACCCUGCUAGCUCUCACGCGUGUUCUGCUGUUCAGUCACAGCUUUUCUUCCGGGACUUCCUCGUCUCUUCGACCAAUCAAAGUGCUCUUCCUGUCCUUACUAUUGUCAGUCCGCUGCCAAUCGGCGCGCCUCUACCAACGCCCCUUAAAGGCGCAGCCAACGCCUCCCCCGAGCGAACCAAUUCCUCGGUUCUUACCCCCAACUGCAGUAUGGAGUCGUCCCGGGGGCGGCCUGCGCCCGAAGCGGACCUACUGGCUCCGGGGAAACAACAAGCCACGAUCUUCAGCGGAGGCCUGGGACGAAUGCCCUCUGAACCGCCCUCAGGCCUCCGGGUGUCCGAGGAGGAAGAGGCCGAGAACGUUGCGGGCACGAUCCGCCACCCCAGGGACUCCCUGAAGACUUUGAGAUGCAGCUCCGACCACCGGCCGGAACUAGAAGCUUGGGAGGACAAGCCCGGCUGUGGAGGAACGCCGUCUGGGGCGGGGAGCCUCCGGGGGACGCCGGGUCCCAAGCACGACCCACACGUGUCCUCCCGGCGCAAGGACCCUGAGCCGCCAGAGGACAAGCCUUCAUCCGAGAGGGUCUGCCGUCUUGGGGGCUCGGGAGGCGGCGGGAUGGAUAUUGAGCGGGAGGAGGAAGACGACGGGGACGCGGCGGCGGCCGGCAGGGCUGGCCGCUCGAUCUCCACCCGCCUUCAGGACAGCCGCAGCCUGGAUGGGCUGAGCGGGGCGUGUGGCGGCGCCGGGUUGGCAGCCAGUGCUGAGUCUGGCGCCGGCGGCGGGCGCCGCGCCACCAUCUCCAGCCCCCUGGAACUCGAGGGCACCGUGAGCCGCCAUGGCGACCUCACCCACUUUGUCGCCAACAACCUGCAACUGAAGAUCCGUCUGAGCGGCACCCCUCAACCCCCGCCCCCCGCCCUUGCGCGGUCGUGUUCAGCGCCCGCACCCACUCCUGCCAUCCCCCCUAUCGACCCCGACGUGCUUCGGGACUUGGAGCGGCUAAGUCGGGAGCUGGGCGGCAGGGUGGACCGUCUACUUCGUGGGCUAGGUGGCGCGGUGCAGGAGCUGACAGCUCUGAGCGUGGGCUGCAUUCAGACCUACCGCGAUGCUGUGGACUCCCUAGGCGAAGCCGUGGACAUGAGCAUCAAGGGCAUGUACACCCUGCUGGCGCGCUGUGAGGAGCUGGAGCGGGCUCUGCAGCCAGUUCAGGGGCUGGCGCGCCAAGUCCGGGAUAUCCGACGCACCCUGGAAGUGUUGGAGGCCCUGUGCAAGUGACCGGGAGGGCAGGAGAGGUCUGGCCAGGCCAGGGCCCGGAAAGAUCCUAAGGACUCUUCAAGGAACCCUGGUGGGAACUGCCUGCUGAGGGGAGGUGUAUAUGUUGGAAGCUGUCCCAGAAGCAUUUAGCAUGCCCACGACCACUCGCUGGGCCUUAUGCAGGUGUACAUGGGGAAGUUAUAAAGGUUCUCCUGGUGGGAGGGAAUGAUGUUCUGCUUCUGCUGGCCAUCUGUAGCUACCCUGUUCUCCAACUCUUCCCUAGGUAGAGCACCAUUUCUGGGAAUCCAGGGCUUUAGGUCUCAGCUUGGGAGACAUGACUACCAUAUGUGGUAGAGAAAGGAGAACAGAGGAGGCCCUAAACCCCCACUGUGGCCACCCUGACUCCAGUGGUCACAUGUCAGGUGCAAGGGGCUGUCAGAUCUCUAGUGGUCCUUGGCCAUACACCAGGCAGAUAAAGAUGCACAGCUGCAGGUGCAUAACCUCCUGUUUCUGCCCUCUGGCGCCCUACCAUUCCCCCACCCAGAACCGGGGUGGAGCUAGAAGGAAUGCAUUGCAUGGUAGAGGGGGUGAGUUGGGAGGGGUCUUACUGUUCUCAGGGUUCAAGGAGAAUUGCUGCUGGUUUUGAAGCCCACCUGUUGUGGAGUGUUCUAAUCAGUUUUGGCUUUCUGAGUUUUUGUGGAAUUAAAAGUGCUGCUGCUGCUGAG